AUGGACAGGUUCGAGACACAUUAUUACCUGCAUAAAGUACUUAAGAAGAAACCUUCGAAGAACUUAGUGAAGAUAGAAGAUAGUAUACAGGCGAUAGAGGAACAACAGAAACAAGCUGAGAUUGAGGAUGAUAAAAUAUUUGGAACUUCACUCCGACGUGACAAGAAGGCAAGGAACCCUAAAAGUAAAAAUAGCAUAAGUGGUAAAAACUUAAUGGACUUGCUCAAAACACCUGAGAAACCAGCAAUAAAGGCACUUAGAAUUCUAAAUACUCGCUUAAAAGAGCCGAAGACAAUAAGUGUUAUCGAUGACAUAUACACAUAUUCCAUGAAAAAACAGGAAGAAUUCUUAAAUACUCAUGAAAAGACUAUCUCCAAAAAAGCCAAGAAAAUACUGAAUCGUGAAACUAACGUCAGAGCUACGGUAAAGGACUGACAGGAGAUAUGCAAGAAGAAGCUCAUCCAAAAGAUUCUAAAUGAACAGAAAGUCCUUCAAAGACAGAAAGAAAACAAAAAGGAGCGUAAAGAUAUCUCAUUAGACUUUCAUUCACUGAAGAGAGAGCAGAACUUAGUCUUCUCAAGGAGAGAGUCUAACACGACUCUCGCUUCUAAAGUUACGACUAAAUCUAAGUUUGGCAAAUGUGCCCCGGUUGUUAAAGUCAUUAACACAAAUAAGAAGAAAUCACAGGAGAAAGUCGGGAAAAUUACGAAUUUACUCAAACAUGUUAGUAAAUUAUUCAAACGUCGCAAGUUCAGCAUUAAUGAUGAUUUUGGCAACCGAUCCCAGUUUUCAGGCUCUGUCGGAUAUAUCCCAGACAAUUCUUCACAAAUUCGCGAACUGAUAAAUGAAGAUAUUAGUUCCGACUGCAGUGGUAAUACAGUGGCACUCGGACAGAGAAUUAACGAUAAUAAUCAUAUUGAUCUGACAGGGUUCGAAAAUCCGUACAUUAAUCUGAAGACAAGGAAUGCCAGAUCUAACAGCCGAAUGAAAAUUAGACAGAUCAAAAAUAGAAGGAAAUAUACAGAUGAUGAUAGCAAAACUAGUAAUUAUGCAACUGCAAGCAGAAAUAUUCAAAGUUCUUUCACCAAAAAGAGGAAGACCGCAUAUCCCUUCAAGUGGGGACAACAGCGUAACUCCAAAGGAAUGAACAGGACUGAUGCAAAGACGACACAUUUUACAAGAGCUACCAAGCCUGAAACCUCUAGCAAAAGAACUAACACUCAACAGAAAUCCCGUGUUAGCAAGAUAAAGCACCAAGAUACUAUUUCAACUUUCAGUAAAUUUCAACAUGAGACUUUCCAAAAGAUUUGUCCGAAUACAACAUUAGAUUUCUUCAAGUCAAGGACUAAAUCAAGGACUAAAUCAAGCCAUAAGUCAAGGACUAACCCUAUGGAUAAGAAAGGCCUGUCGAAUGAUUUCUGAGUUCUCCAAAACCGGACUUUAUUUGACACACUUCACUCAACUUUGGAGAUAGCUUGAGAUCUUGAAGAGAUUCCAGACAAGAACAAAUUCAAAGUCUUCCUCUACAGAUACAGCAGCUUGAAUAAUGAAAAAUUAGUAGAAAAUGAAGCUAUCAAAGAAUAUAAGCAAAGAGACCUCUCUUUAGCUGCUAGCAGAAAGAAGAAAAAGGCUCUGUAAAGGUACUAUAGCAAUUUCAAUUC